AAAAUGAUUGCCAAGAUGGCAGCGGAGCGCGGUUGGCAGCCAUGAUCGUGGAGGCCUUAGCACAGGAUGUGCUAGAGGCCAAGCUGGAGAUCGGGAGGCCUUUCACGCUGAUCGAGCGCCAGCACGCGACGAUUGGCCAACUCCAGGAGGCUUCGUCGACGGCAACAGUGGCGGCGGAGACGGGCGAGGCCAGUCAGCAGCGCCAGGACCAGAUCAUGGGUGCCCUGAUUAGCGACAAGGGCAAGCCGCUGCCCUUCGACAGCGCGAAGAAGGCCGACUACUUCGACUGGGGUUUCAAGUCCAAGAACGCACUGAACGACGGCAACUACGGCGACGAGCGGCGGCAGAUGGCACACAGCCUGUAUGUCAUGCUCGCGAUGCACACGGAGGGCACGCCACUCGGCAUCGUCAGAAAGGUCAGCAACCAGGGCGGCUUCGAGGCGCGCAGGAGGCUGAGCUACCAGUACGACCCGCAGAAAAUGGGUAAAAUCUUCUCGCGGCGGAUGAAGGUGUUGGAGUUCGAUUCCGGCGGCGAGUCGGAGUUCCUCGACAACCUCGCAAAGUUCGAGAACUUGCUCGAGGGUUGCGGGGAGCUGUCCAAGGAGACCCCCGGCGACAACAUCCGCUCGGCGGUGCUGAUCGCGCGGGCUCCUGAGGCGCUGAAGAACCGCGUCCCCUUGUCGAUCCCGAAGGAAGAUGUCGAACGGGGCGCGAUCGAGAAGGUCACUUUAGACCACCUGCUGACGAAGCAGUCCAUGCUUGGAGGACCCGCGCCGAUGGAC